CAGCUAUGCCGUCCGAGUUCGACUACGCCACGAUCUGCGCCAAGUACGGCAACGGCAUCCCGUGCCCGGACGACUUCUCGUUCCCCUCGGCGGUCGUCGACAAGUGGGCGCAGGCGCAGCCCGACCAGCUCGCGUUCCACUGGGUCUCGCACGACUUUGGCCACGAGCGCAAGAUGACGUACGCCGACCUGUCCGACCUGAGCCACCGCGCCGCUCGCGCCUUUGCCGACUCGGGCCUCGUCAAGGGCGACCGCGUCCUCAUCCAGCUCCCGCGCGUCCUCGAGUUCUGGGUCGCCGCCCUCGGCCUCAUGCGCAUCGGCGCCGUACCUGUACCCGGCACGAGCCUCCUCGUCGGCAAGGACCUCGAGUUUCGCGCGACGGCGGCCCGGGCGCAGGCUUUCGUCGGCGACGCAGAGUCGUGCGGUCGGUUCGGCCAGGUCGCGCACAAGGUCGGCGUGUCGAGGGUCUUCCAGGUGAGGACCGACGGCGACGGCGGGCUCGGCGAGGGCCGCAUCGACUUCCAGCAGGCCGUCGAGCGCGUCGCCAAGGGGACCAAGUGCGACGUCGAGCACCGCAAGAGCGACCUCGCGAUCAUCUUCUUCACGUCGGGCACGACGGGCCAGCCCAAGAUGGUCCUCCUCGAGGCCGAGUACCUGCUCGGACACUUUAUCACGGGCCUCUGGUACCGCCUCAAGCCGGGCAAACUCUUCCUCUGCAUGGCCGACCUCGGCUGGGCCAAGGCGACAUACGGCUCGUUCGCCACGCUCAACAUGGGCGCCACCUACUUUGUCCAACCGCCAGCACCCGGCAACUUUACGCCAAACCAGCUCAUCGACGCCCUCCACCGGUACCCGAUCGAGUCGCUGUGCUGCCCGCCGACCAUCUACCGCUCCCUCGUGUCGUCCUCGGCCAAGGUCUACUACAAGGCGCACCCACCUCGAGCGCUCAACCACUGCGUCGGCGCCGGCGAGCCGCUCAAUCCGGGCGUCAUCAAGGAGUUCCGGGACCUGACCGGCGGGCUCGAGGUCAAGGACGGCUACGGUCAGAGCGAGACGGUCCUGUGUAUCGGCAACUGGGAGGGUGUCGAGGUUCGGGAGGGCAGUAUGGGCAAGGUGGGACCUUUCUUCAUCGCCGGCAUCGUCGACGACGACGGGCGCGAGCUCGCGACAGGGGAGGAGGGCUCCAUCGCCAUCCGGACCGACACCGGCGGCGGCGCGCACUGGAUCUUCAAGGGCUACGUCAAGAACGGCAAGGUCGACAAGCGCGAGCGCUCGCACGGCGGCAAGACGUGGUACAUGACCGGCGACCGCGGUGUGCUCGACAAGGACGGCUACUUCUGGUUCGUCGGGAGGGACGACGACGUUAUCACGACAUCUGGCUACCGCGUCGGGCCUUUCGAGGUCGAGAGUGCGCUCAAGCUUCAUCCCGCCGUCGCCGAGUCGGCCGCCGUCGGCUCACCGGACCUCGCGCGAGGCGAGCUCGUCAAGGCGUUCGUCAUCCUCUCGGAGGAGUACCGGGACAAGAUUCGGCCGGGCACAAAGGACGAGAAGGACCUCAUCCUCGACAUCCAGACGAUGUUCAAGCAGAACACGGGGCCGUACAAGGUCCCUCGCGAGAUCGAGUUCGUCGAGACGCUCCCGAAGACGGUCAGCGGCAAGAUCCGCCGAGUCGAGCUGCGAGACCUCGAGAAGGAGCGCAAGAAGGACGUCCUCCAGCAGAUCAAGUCCAAGCUGUAGAUAUCUAGAACCGAGCCAGUAAAGCAGUACCGCUAUC